AUAGUAACAAGGGAAUUUAUCUCAUUACCCUGCUUCCACCUGGUGAUUGAUAGAUGUUCCGCCCCAGCGGCUCCGGCUCGGAUGAUUUCAUCAGUCCUAUCAUCAACAGACCACUUCCUGGCAGGAUGUUGCGCGGUGCGGAGAGUAGAGGCUAUACAACUCGUCUGGCCGAGUUUUAGUUUUUACGCAUAAGUGAACACAGAAGUGGUGGACGUGGACGUGGAGUUUCACACUUUUUUCACCUCGUGUGGGUCAACUUCCGUGUUCGUCGUGUAAGACCAGAUCAAAUAGGAAGAAGGAGUGGACUACAGGAAGUAUUGCAGAUGAUCAUGUGGUUUCAAUUUUAGUAACGCUCAAACUCCUAUUACCCCAAUCUUGGCGGAAUUUCAUACGUUUUCCGACGAUGAUCUUCCGGAUCUCGAUGUUUUUUUGUGUAUUACGGCGGACACACACACAGUUCUUGAAGAUGCAAGCGCUAGAGCUAGUAGCUUCUUGUGUUUAGUCCUCGCCGCAAUCUAGAUAGAGGGAUGAAGGAUUUUUCAACUGCAAACGCGACCGGUCCGGAGGACGCGGCCCCGCAAUGCUUGUUCGACGCCAUCGAUUGGAGCAACGCGGAAAGGAAAGUUUUGAUCCGUUCUACACAAGACGCAAGGGACACUUUCACGUACCAGCAAUUUCGAGACUUCGCCGAAACCACCGUGUGGCCCCCGGUGCUGAAAUUUCUCAAUUGGAACCUGUUUCCCUACGACGCAGACGAGGAACAACAAGUUGGAUCGGAGAUGAAAACCACGACUGGCACGACUUCUGAAGAAGCAGACCACAUGAUAGUGCGACUCCCGAAAAGGAACCUCGGGAUUCUCUUCUUGGACAACAGUGCGGCGUUUGUCAAUUUGUUCCUGAGCUUGCUGAAAUUCCCCUUGGCGCUCUGCCCCUUCAGUCCCAAGCUCGGCCCGGCGAAUCUGCAGGACGAGCUGGAAGAUUUGGCGAAUUUCUAUCUGCUUAUUCUGGACGAACGAAUGGAGGAUAUGAAAAAAGGUGGAAGUGCAGACACGAAGAAGCUUGCUCGGGUUGUCCGGGACUUCGCAGAACAAAACGACGUCCCUCUGUUGAUCGUCGAAAAUGCGGACGACGCCCUCGGACGCUUCAAAAUCCAGCCGGCGGUCACCGCCGCAACGGUCUCUAGUCCCAUGCAGAAGAAGUUCGACGCCAUUAGGGCGAUUACGAAUGUCAACGGGCUGGACAACGUGGCGCUGCGGUUGCACACCUCCGGCACCACGAAGCGCGCAAAAACUGUCCCGUUAACACAUGGAAACCUUCUCGCCGGUGGACGUGCGAUUCGGGAGACCUUGCAGUUGACGGAAAAGGACACAGCGUUGAACGCCAUGCCGCUGUUUCAUAUCCACGGGAUCGCGGUGAACGUCCUGGUGCCGGUUUUGUCGGGUGCGGCAAUUCUGCCUCUGCCGAAAUUCGUUCCGGACGAGUUCUUCAGAUUGGUAGAGGAGAUGAGGCCGACGUACUACAGCGCGGUGCCCGCAAUACACGAGCAACUGUUGCUGCAUCAGACAAGUAGUAGUAGAUCUCCUGCUGCAAAAAUCACCACCACUAAUGCGACCUCUCCGGACCAGCAUUCUAUUUUGAAACCGCCUCCAUCGCUCCGCUUCGUGCGCAACUGCAGCGCGGCGUUGCUCCCACCCACAGCGGCGAAACUCGAGAAGCUCUUCGGUUGCCAGUCGGUUGGAACGUACGCUAUGACGGAAAGCAUGCCCAUCUGCAGCAACCCAGUGGAGAUGAGGAAGAACACGUUACUAUCCACCACGUCUGAGGGACGAACAGAGGAAAAGAAAAGUUUUCAGAACCCUUGUACUAGUUACCGCCUGGAUUCCGUCGGGUACGCGCAAGGGCCGCAUGUGGUCAUCCGGGAGAACGUUGACACAAACCCAAAAACGAGUACAGAUGCGGAAAUCAAUAAAACCGUUGCCCAACGGCAGAAGCUCGCAAAAGACUUCUCCUACUGCGACUCCAAGCUCAACGUCCCGUUCGGUAUCGAGGGGGAGGUCUGUGUGAAGGGUCCGAUGGUCACGACCGGAUACGAGCGCAACGUCGAAGACUGGCGGGACUGCUUGAAUGACUACACGGUGGACGGGUUUCUGCGGACGGGGGACAAGGGGUAUUUAGAUGCGAAAGACAAGCACUUGGUGCUGCUCGGCAGGUACAAGGAAAUCAUCAACUACGGGGGGGAGAAGCUGUCCCCGUUUUUGGUCGAGUCCGCCUUGAUUCAGCACCCGCGGGUCCGUGAGGUGCUCUGCUUCGCUUGUCCGCACGAGAGUUAUGGAGAAGCUGUCGGGGUCUUGGUGGUGAAGGACGAUAGUUGGGCCUCUACUUCUUCGAACAGUUCGAGCAAAAAUGUUGAUAGAAAAGAGCAAGUUUCAUCGUUCCUAGAACAACUCCGCACUUUCCUCCGCAACGACAGCGGGCUGAGUACGAACUACAGUCCGGAGGUCCUGGUCUUUUCCGACUUUAUCCCGCGGGCGCACACGGGCAAGCCGCAGAGGAUCGGACUUGCGAAGAGACUCAACAUCACCGCUGCGGAAACCGCGCCGACCUUACCGUUCACAGCCCGAGAGUUUGUAUGGGACGGCGAGAACAGUUUAGUAAAAAUCGAGCGGAAAGGAGAAGAAGAAGAUCCUGGAAGAAAUAUCAAGCCUCCUUCUAGUAGUUUAAAGGAUCUUUCGCUAGAACUGGCAGAACCGCCCGCUGAAGGAAUCACUUCUGGAGUCGAGCACCGCCAACGACCUCCCGCCUCCGGAGGUACAACAAUUACCGAGCAAGAGAAAAAGCGCAAGGCCUUCGACCGCAUUUUAGCCCGCUUCGGUGUUGUGCAGCUGCACCGGGCGAGCAGCUUUGCGAGAGACACACUGCUAUCGCACCUACUCGACAGCAUUUCCGUAAUCCAACUGCGGGCGGUGUUUCUCGAGUCUUUUCACAACCUCAAGUGGCCGCUGCACUUCUUCGCACAGGCCACCGUGACAGAAUUGCUCGAACGGUUACAGCGGGAAGCCGAUGUUCGCGUUGUUUUAGAAGAGGAGCCCCACCCGCAGAGCUACCCGGGCAGCCCCGUGGCGGGCUCGUCUACGCCCGGAAGCACAAGAGGUGGUGUGGUUGCGAUGGCUGAUGGUGCCUUGACACAAACAUCCUCGAACAGACAGGUCAUAGUCUUCGACGAGAGCAGCCUGAAAUUCAGCGAGGUCACGCGCGAGGUUCGGCCGUACCUACACGUAGGGGCUGGGGGUGGAAACACAUCUGCAACGACCGGCGGUGCAGCUGCAGGAGCAAAAAAUCGGAGUCGUAGUGGGAGCUUAGUAGAGCAGGACCAAGUAGCUCCUGCCGCGACAGAUGCAGCAACUGCUGCUCGUCUCUGCACCACAGGGGUACUACAACAUGAAGUAGCCUCCAGUUCUAGUACCAAAGGCCUGAAACUACCAAAGAUGCGGCCCCUUGACGAAAACGCAGUUCCUGCCGACAAUCUAGAAACGAAAAUCGCGUCAACCGCCAUCGUGAAGGGCAAGCUCGGGCAGGGGUGCAUCAUCGAGGAUUUCGCGAUCAUCGGAGCCGACGUCGUGCUCGGAGACCGCUGUUUCGUCGGGAACUUUGCCCGGUUGUCCGGGAAAAUUGAGGCGGGGGACGACAAUGUUUUCUACGACAACGUGUCUAUCGGGAACCCGCCGCAAGAUUUCUUCGGCGCGCGGUCGUGCGGGAAGGUGGAGAUCGGGUGCUCCUGCGUCUUCCGGGAGUAUGUCAGUGUGAACAUGCCCACGGUGGAAAACGGAAAAACGGCCAUCGGGUCCAACACCAUGGUGCACUCCCACUGCAACAUCGGGCACGACUGCGUGGUCGGGGAAAGGGUAAAUUUGAACAUGAACUGCUAUCUCGCUGGAUUUUCCCAGGUGCUGGACGACGCAACGCUGUCCAUCAGUUGCAGCCUGCACCAAGGCGUGAUUGUUGGCCCCAAGUGCUUCAUCGGCAUGCACGUUGCGCUCACCGCGGACGUGCCCCCGUUUGUGGCGGUCGUGAGACGGGAAACGAUAACGAUAACGACGGCGGAAGGAGCAGGAGGAAGCUGCUCCUACAGGGACGAGGACCUGAAUAAAAGCGAACCGAGGAAUAAUGUCACUGGUCUUGGGGUAAACAAUAUUUCCAGCGGAUCGGCACCGGCGGGACGGACAGGACCAGCAAGACGAAAGCCGUCCACCUGUCCCUUGUAUCGCAUCUCCAUCGACCGCGAGGGUUUGCGGCGAAAGUUACGCGCGCCCGGAGCGACCAUUGACCGACUGGAACACGCCUACAGUGCCGCUGAGCGAGACUUUUUGGUGCGUUCCAUAGACCACGCGGGACAUGCGGCGAGAAUUCACGGUCGAGCGGGGAUGGACAUUUUUGCUGAGGACUUGGAAUGUUUUCAGAACGCACAAAAAGCGCGGCCCUCGCAGUUGGUGCGAGGUGAAUACCGCCUGAACGACUUCUACGGAGAGGUGUUUUCAUCCCAAUUAUCGGCGGCGAAACCAAGUGUCAAAGAGAGUUUCUCCAUUCUCACUGAUAUUUGAUGGCGAAAGAAUUAUGUCCGCAGGAACCGCGACGAAGUUGCGAUGUACUUGGUUGAAUGAUCGUCGAAGAUGAAACAUGACACUCAUGAUGGAAAACCUGUCGCGAGAUGUCCGGUAGCGAGUCAGCUCCGUGAUGCGAAAAUAGACAAGAAUAUCAAUACCCAUGUUGUCCAUGAUGCCCAAAGACGG